AUGGACAUCGGGCAACUGCGGGACAACAUCGGCCACUUCUCCCUGGACUCGGGGUAUCUGGGCAAUCAGGGGUAUGAGAAGGUCCUCCUUCAGCUGUUUGGCUACACCGGCCAUGGGAAAUCCUCCUUCAUCAACUCCUGUAAGUACGUCCUGGAAGAAGGCGAGAGAUUCGCCGAACCCGCCGAGGCCCGAGAGACCCACCACGGCCUGACCAUGUCCAGGAACGCCUACCCGCUCACCGAAACCAUCACCAUGGUAGACAACCGCGGCUGCAGCAAGAUGGACGACUUCGAGAGAUCCGAGGUGUAUGCCCAGCUGGGAAACUUCAUCCCCAUCGGACAGAAAGUGAAUUGGAAAGACAAUUUUAGCGCGAUGAUGGAGGACUUAGAAAAUUCAGAAUUGGAGCCAAAUUACACGGACUUCAUUGUCCCCAUCUUUGUGUACAGUGUCAGACAACAGAUACCAGAUGCAGAAAUGCAGGAAGUGAAGAAAUUUAUGGAAAACUGCGUAAGAAUGACAGGUAUCGUUCCCAUCAUCGUCCUCACCUUCAAAACCAGAGGAGAUUACCUGGACAUCGAGAAAAGGUUUAGACUCAUGGGGGCGGAGGUGGUGAUCGCCAUCGAGAACUACACGACGACGAGCAACAUCAAAACUCUGGGAAGAACCACAGACAUCCUGAUGGUGAUAGACAGCGCCUUGAGAAACGUCAAGUUCCGCCUGGAACAGCCGAGGAACCCAAGAAGAGAGCGGGUAGAGAGGAAGAAAUUCCUGCUCAACUACAUCCAUCAGACCACCACUUCUUCUGAGACAGUGAAAGAGAUAGAAAGAGAAAGAGAGCGAGUACGAGAAAGAACGAUACAACUAUUGCAUUUCAGGGAAGCCAAAAAUCCAGCGUGCGAAGUAAUGUAA